AUGGCAUGUUUAUGCCAUAAGGAAAAUCUGCAGGAACGUUUGUUUUUAAGUUCGCUGGGUCUGACAAGUCGACCCAAACCGGCAGCCCAGUUCCCGGUGCCUUCCUUGCUCUGGAAAAUCUUCAAGGGGACCAAAAUGCCAGAGUUCUCUGCUCAGGAUAAUGACCCCUGCACUGUGUCUGAGUUUGGAGUUCGAGGAAAUAUUGUGCGAUUUGUUCAAGAUCAAGGGAGGAUACUCUCUGUGUCCAGUGAUCUCUGUCCAGGCUGUGUAGAGAAGCUUCUCUUCUUCAACGUAUCUGCACUGGAGACGGCUGAACAGCUGACAUUUGCCCAGUUGGAAAUAAGACUCCAGCAGGACUUCCACCCCCUGUCACCUCGUGCCAGGGAACAGGAGGUCUACAGCAUGUCCCUCUGGAAGGUUCUGAAGGCCACUCUGAAGGGCAUCUCCCCAGAAAUGACCCGGAAGCUCCUGCUGUCCCAGUCGAUCCGGCUGACCCCGGGGUCCAUCGCGCUGAGCCUGACCGACGUGGUGAAGGCGUGGAGGAAACCCGGCCGGAACUACGGCCUGGUGCUAGCGCUGCGCCCAGACGCUACCGCCGCGGCUGCCACCCGCCUCGCCCAGAACGUUGUGUCCCCGCAUCACGUCGGCGCGGCGUUCCCAGAGUUCCACGCCUCCCUCCCGGACUUUCGUGCCUCGCUGGUGGUGGUGUCCCUCAAUCCCCUGCAGUGCAGGUCCAGGCGGCGGAGGAGCGCGCUCUACCUCCCCGUGACGCCCAGCAACGUGUGCAAACCCCGUCGGCUCUACAUCGACUUCAAGGACGUGGGCUGGCAGGACUGGAUCAUCGCUCCCCAGGGGUACAUGGCCAAUUACUGCCACGGGGAGUGCCCCUUCCCCCUGAGCGAGAGCCUGAACGGGACCAACCAUGCCAUCCUACAGACCCUCGUCCACUCUUUGGACUCUGUGGGGACCCCCCAGCCCUGCUGCGUACCCAUAAAACUCUCCCCCAUCUCAAUGCUGUACUACGACAACAAUGACAAUGUGGUCCUGCGCCACUACGAGGACAUGAUUGUGGAUGAGUGUGGCUGUAGAUGAAGAACAUUGAAUGAAUGUCCAUUUUUAUCUCUACUGUUGUGUUAUAAAGAAAUAAACUUUGUCUUUUAAAAUGUAA